AUUUGAUAGCAUUCCACGUGGAAGAUGAGCAUGAUGUACCGACAGCCGCAGGCGGCACAGACAGCGUAUGCGGCGCAGGCGGCCAAAUGGAGGAACAAUGCCGAGUCGCCCUGGAAGACGGGCGGCACGUCGUCGUCCGCGUCGAAUUCCGUCUCGGAACUCGUGCUGAUUUCGGAGCUGUGUUCGUCGAUUGGUCAAACGUCGUUCCCGCCGAAGGAUGCCAUGACGACCCUGAUGCGCCACAUCCAAGCACUCGAUCACACGUACCUGUGCGAGCUGCUGGAAACCAAACUCGAAGACUCGCUGUGGCAAGUCGUAGCGCGCGCCCUUGCUGUGCUGGAUGCUCUCCUGUCGACGGCCGCCGCCACGACGUACCUCGACUACUUCUCGUCCCGGAAAAACCUCUUGCAGCAUUUGACCGACCAUGCCAAGCAAACCGUCAAGUCACGAGCAGAAAAGGUCUUUCACGCGCUCGACGCGCAUGUACCUACGCAAGCCUCCCACGACGAAAGCAGCGACGAUGACGACGACUACCGAGGUGACCAUCCCUCCAUUUACCAGCGCAGCGCGCAACAACAGCGUGCUCCUUCUUCCUCGACCAACAGGGCGCCUUCGCGUCAAAGCAGCGUGUCGUCGGAAAUGAGCAGUCGUAGCAGCACCACGAGCUCAUCCAUGCACGUCGGCCCUCGCAGCCACGACCACUUUGAUCAGGGAUACCACCACGGCAGGCCAACAGGGCAAUCUCUGUACAGCCCUCCCGUGCCAGCAUCGCCCACAAAUCGGCACACUCCGUCGAGAAACUACCAGCCGCCGAUGCAAGACCUCCUGCUUGGGUCGCCGAUCCACGAGCACGAAUCGGCGCCCCCAUCCUUGUUUGCCUCAUUGACCGUAGUCGGUGCACCACAGCCUAGCAACCGCCCCACGCCGUCGUCGGCGUUUUCGUUCGUGUCGGGGAGUCCGCCGUCCCGUCCACAAUCUGCCGCGUCAUCGACGUCCUACCCGACGCCGGCAGCGCAGAUGCCGCCGCCGUCGUCGACGGGUUUCUUGACGCCCCCACCGUCGUCGCCGUCCAACACAUCGCAGUCGUCGCGGACUUCAGCAUUUACACUUCCCGAGCCGUCGCCGACCCCGUCGUCGUCGUCCGCGUUUUCGUUUGUCCAGGAUGGCCCGCCCCCAACGACGGCGUUCUCUUUUCUGCAACAGACUUGUCCGCCAAGCAAUCACGACCGUCCACAGCCAUUCGCAUCGUACUCGCCACAGCCCGCCGCGCAGUCGCCCUUUCACGAGAACCCAUCGAGCCACGCAGGACCAACAUCGGCGUUUUCAUUCCUCUCCGCUGCAUCGCAAUCCCCCAAGCGCACCGCCGCGGACCGCAUUCACGACGCGUUUGCAGAUCUGUCCGUCGGGCAUGACGACGCCGCCGACGACGACGCUGGGGCUGAUCCGUUCGGGUCAACUUUGGGAGAUACGUCGAGCAGUCGAGGUGACAUGUCCGAGCAAGAUACAGACGGACGCAGCGAAGUGUCGGAGGACGUUCAUCACGUCCAGCAUGACCGUGCGCUUCGUGCUGCUGCUACCAUGUCCACUCGCGAUGAAUUUGAAGCGCUCAAGAAGGCCGGCAUGGCCCGCGAAGUGAUUCUCGAAGUCGACGUGCCUCCCGGUCCGAUGGGAAUUGUCCUCGACCGGACCACGCCCGAGUCGGCGAUUCUCGCCGAGUUCGUGCCGCUCCCGUCCGGCGACAAAGGGCUCAUCGAACUCCAUCCGGCUAUUUGCCCCGGCUGCCUCCUCGUCGCGAUCAACGGCAACUCGAUUGAACACGUCGCCCUCCCCGAACUUGGCCCCGUCCUCGCCAAUGCCGCCAUGUACCAUCGCGUGCUCACGUUCAAAAAGUUCAUGGUCGGGUCGCGCGUCAUGCACCCGUUGAAGCUCAAAACGCCGUACACGUGCCCCGCCCCUUCCCUCUUCGACCAAGUCAGCUCGCCCCGGCUCACAGCCACUCGUGCGUCCUGGUCAUCGUCGCCUCCGUCGGGACCGCGACCAACUCCCGUCCACCAGUCUCAACCAUUCGAACACGUCCCGGCCACGUUUGCCGCGGCUCAACGCGCGUUCACGACCGCAUCGUCCACAAAUUCGUCUGUGUUUCGUUUUAUGCAGCAACAACAGGCUGCUGUUGUCGCGUCGCCAAGGCACGAUCCGCCAACCACGUCAGCAUUUGGCUUUAUGGCGGCGACGCAGCCGCCGCCGUCCCGGCCAUUCUCGCCUGCCCAACACCCCCGACAACCUCCCUCGUCGCCGUCUGCGUUUUCCUUCAUAUAAUACACGAGAGUGGUGUCGUGCGUUGUUGUCGAUGGCACAUGUGGCUGGCAUGGGACGUUGUCCAGAGCCAGGCAUCGUCCCAACCACGACGACAAACGUUGCUCGCGGAUGGCUCUUGAUGGCGUCGCUGCUGUGGCACUCGAGAGGAUCGUUGUGACGUCGCCUGCCCCUGCAUACGACGGUCAGCGCAAACGUGAGAGGUCGUCUUGCGGGUGG